AGAAUAAAACAAACCUCCACGUGAUUACAAUAAAAUAAUUAUUAAUGAUAAUUGUUGUAGCUCUGCGAUGGAGGACGAUCUGCAGGAGUUUUUAAGGUCACGAGAUGUUCCAGAAGAGGACAUCAUCCUCAUGAAAAGGGACAAGAGACAAGUAAGGACAGAAGCCCAGAGUACAAGAGGAAUGGAAGAUGUUCCUCAGAGUGGUUUUACCUUAGAGACACCCAGCACAUCACACGAAUCUCUUUCACCACCCAGAGAUAUCCAAAGAACACACACCAUCCAAAGAGUCGCAAGCAGCUCAAGUGACGAGGAGACUGAUGAAUCGUGGAGACAAUGUGCACAGCUAUCGAAAAGUCCACAGCAUUCACAUGAGCACUUUGAUUUUCAGAGAAGCUAUGAAUUCAUUGACUUGACCAAUCAGAUUCCUCCGCUACACAACAGCAUAGUUCAGAGUCUUGGAGAUGAUGAUGAUGAUGAUGAUAAAGAAGACACAGUUGAAUGGAACGAAGGAGAAGAACUUGAACAAACAGAUGAGGACCAAGAAGUUAAAAUAACAUGGAAUGAGAACAUCAUACAGAAUGCAGAGUUGAAUGAAGCUGAAAAUGAGGUGCCAUCACCACCCUCAAUUCUUACCCAGACCUCCCAGUUUGACAACAUUCUCUCUAGUGAUUACUUGGAAAUGGACAUCCUGUGA